UUUUUUUUAAACUUGAAAAUUAAUUUAUAUCAAAUUAUUUUAAUUUAUAAAAAUAUUUGUCUCCAAUUUUUUACUCGUUAUAUAAUCUUCAUAAAUAGAUGAUGAAUAGCUAUUAUAAUGCAUCGAGUGAGUAAGCUUCUAGCCGAUUGUUCUCUUCAGUUUCCAGUUACUCAGGUUAAAUCGAAACACAAUUUAUCCAUAUCAAUUGCUUCGGUUGCUUUGAUUCAGGUGCAGUCGCCAUCGAACGACGUACGGUAUCAUGUUCCAAUCAUUAUGGAACCAAAGUAUAUCGAAUUCACAUACUUCACACUAUUUUCUCUCUUGCUAUUGAUCAUGGCCGUUCAUCUUCAGGCUUUUUUCGGAAAAGAAUUGAUCCAGGCACCUGUCCAUCGAGGAUGCCCGUACUUGCAUUGCGAGGAAGACGAGCACUGCGUACACAGAAAAUUCCGAUGCAAAAAUCCACCUUGUCCCACUAUGCUCUACUGCUCGAAAUCUCGUACAGAAUCUUUGAAGGGUCCUUCCAGCUGUGAUGCCGUAUACUGCACCAAUGGAUACACAUGCAUGAUGAAAGUCCGCCGUUGUCGUUGGGAUGAAAAAUGUGAGCAACAGAUAGUAAGAUGCGUGUCUCUAAAAGAGUAUCACGAGGGGCCACCUUCUUGUGCCGGAUUCAAGUGUCCUCAAGGAACCCACUGUGUCUUGAGAGAGUCGUUCUGCGCUGAACCCCCUUGCAAAUUGUUGAGAAGCUGCAUCAAAAAUAAAGAAAUGCAAAUUUGGUUCGGAAAAUGUCGUACUCUUGGUUGCCAAUCAGAGUAUGAAUGCUUCUUACGAAGACCUGAGAACAAUUGUUCAAAUCCUCCGUGUAAACACACUCCAGAUUGCAUCAUUGAGAAGGAAAACGAAGAAAAUAAGCAUUGUCGAGGUUGGAUGUGUCCACAAAUGCAAACUUGUAUCGCAGAAAUUAUAAAACCGUGUGGAACAGAUGGAUGUAAGAUUAAAAGAAGUUGCAAAGUGUCAGUGAAUGACUCUUCGUUCUCAAGAAGAUCUCUGGAGCACAAAAACGAUGUUUCUCAAGCCGAAAUUGAGCAAUUUCAAAAUUGGCUUCGAUCUAUAAAGAACACAAUUGGUGACGCGUACAGUGAUUGGCUGGAAACGAUGCUGUUGUCUCGAGGCGAAGAGUUUCGAAAAUGGCUGCGAGCAUUGAAAUUGGAUGUCGAGGGACAUCCGAUAUUUUCAGCACGCGAACAACCCGUUACACUCGCGGAAAAUCCAUUUCGCGAUACUUUGAAUGGAUCUACCUUGGACGAUUUGAACAGAGAAAUAAAAGAAAUCGAAUCCCUUUUAAAGCAAAGAAACGUAACGAGCAUUCUGGAGAAAAUUCUUGUUCCAAAUAAGAUUUUGACACCACCCUAUCCUUUGGAAAUCGCUCAACCAAAGAAUCAAAAGGAAUCUAAUCUUUCCCUGAUUCUCAAAUAUCUGUUAAAAUAUCCUCCUUACGGAGAAAAUCAAUUUUUAUCGUCGCCAACUCCAAAGAUAGAAAAUACUCAUGAUCAGCAAUACCUUGUAGUUCCUGUGAAAAGUAUGAAAGAUUUAACUAGAUCUCAAAUUAUCGAUUACGAUCCUAAUAUGCAAAAUCAUAAAGUAAUUUCGGAUAAUGAAAAAAUAUAUGAAGAACGGAAUAAUAAUUUUUCCUUCAAUGUUCCAGAGAAACAAAGGAAUUUAUCAUUAACCAAAGACGAAUUACCGUCUCUAUGGACUGAAUUCCAAGACGUUGAAAAGUUACCCAAGAAAGAAAUGCAUUCUAAGGAAGAUUCAAUUGAUCCUACAGAAGAGGAAAAAUUGACGAGUAAGGCGCAAUACUUUGAUGAUGUCCCUGUUGAUUUGUUUGAAAAGUUUCUCAAGUCUGUGGAAUUCUCCCCGAUUGAAAACACGCCACAGACUUUCGAUGAGAAGGCUAUUAAAGAAAAUCACGAAGACAAUUCGCAUGAAAUUUCACAAAAUGAGAAACGAGAUAAAAACUUCGAAUUGACUUUGGUAACUCGUGAUAACGAAGAUGUAUCUAGGGAUAAAGAAAGUCAAUUUUCAUCCGUUAAUGGCGACAGUCAGACAAACUUCACGGACAAUCUCAAACCAACUGAUAAUAUCUCUCCCGAGAAAUUAGAUAACAUUGAAUUAUCUAAUCAAUCGAAUAAUAUGAAAGAUGGCAACUUAGGAUUAUCAUUGCAACAAAUGGACAACGAGAACGAUGAAGAAAUGGAUUUAAAUCUCUUUCUCGAACCGAACAAUGAGAGUUUUUUGCCUUACUUAGAAACCUUAAUGAAAAUCGUGAAUGAAGAAAUCGCCGCUGAGAACAAAGAUAUAGAACUGAAUCCCGAUGAAAGUUCAAUUAAAACGUCUAUUCUAAAUAAUGUUGCAAACGUACCAUCUGAGUCUAAAUCUUUGAAAGUUGAAUCAUAUAAUAGUUCUAUGGAAGAAAUUUUAAAUGAUAGCAACUUAUAUGAUACAGAGUUUUUGGAAAAAGAAAAAUUUAAUAAAAUUUUUGAAAAUCAAAUAAUUUCCACGACCAUCGCGACAAAAUUAAAUCAAAAUCAAAAAUCACAACAGGAAAAAGAAUCGAGGACAUCUGAGAUAAUUUAUGCAAACGAAGAACCUACUAUUCGAUCCUUUCAUAAUUUGGCCAGUUACGGUUCUAGCAAUGGUGAUGUUGCUCUUCCGGAUUAUACUUAUAUCGAAUACGAUCGUAUGAAACAUAAAGAUAAUAAAAAAAAUAAUUAAAUGAAAUCAUAGCUUUAAUGAGAAUCAAUUAAUAUAAAAAUAUCGUUUCAAGAUCAAAAAUAAAACUUGCAAUGUAUUUACAUA